CCCUCUGCCGCUUCCGUGCCCGUGGGCUCGAGCGAGUUCGGCUACCUCGUGUACGCGCAGAAUGGCGGCGCCGUGUCCCGCCGCGCGGCCGACAUCAUGCCGGGCGACGUCAUCUCGCUGGUCGACGCCAAGCUGAAGGGCCACAAGGGCCUGCAGGCGUACAGCCAGAGCGUGGGCAUGGGCGGGGAGGCGCUGGUGGGCAUCGUGCACGAGACGGAGCACAAGAAGCUCAAAGUGCGCGUGUUCCAGGCGAACCAGAAAGUCGGGCAGCAGAGCGUCGAGUCUGUGAGUUACCGGCUGGAGGAUCUCAAGAGUGGGCAGGUGAAGGUG